AUGACAAGCUACAACAAGGUCAAUGGAGAGCACGCAUCCGACUCGGAGUUCUUGCUGAAGAAGGUUCUAAGAGGGGACUGGAAAUUUGACGGAUUAGUGAUGUCUGACUGGUGCGGCACCUACUCCAUCAACCAGGCUUACCGUGCGGGAAUGGACUUGGAGAUGCCAGGAUUGCCUAGAUUUCGCAAGCAGGAUACACUUUUGUUCUUGGAGGAGUCCAAUGGAAUUGAUAUGGACGAUGUUGAUGAUUGUGCGUUGAGAGUGCUGAAGAUGGUUCAUCGUACACUAAAGUCUGGUGUUCCCUCUGAUGGUGCGGAAACCACAGAAAACAACACUCCCAAGACAAGUGCGAGGCUCAGAUCAAUUGCUGCCCAAGGUAUAGUUUUGCUGAAGAAUGAGACCAAUCUGCUGCCUCUUUCCAAGAGUGACGAUGUUGCUGUUAUUGGUCCGAAUGCAUUCAUGUCUGCUUAUUGUGGAGGUGGCUCAGCUUCUCUGAGGCCUUAUUAUACUGUGACUCCUUUUGAGGGUAUUUGCAAUGUCCUUGGGUCCACACCAGAAACCGCCAUUGGUUGCUUCAGUGACAAGAAGAUUCCCCAGAUUCCAUUGAAGCACCCAGAAACCGGUAAGCCUGGCUAUGUUGCAAAGAUGUAUCUCAAGCCUCAUGGAUUUGAAGGAGACAGAAUCUUGGUUGACGAACACGUUUUGGACACCACCAGACUGCAUUUCUACGACUAUACCCACCCUAAAAUCCACCACUCCGAAUUCUAUGCCGUCCUGGAGGGAACUUUCACACCUGAAGAGUCUGGAGAUUACGUAUUCGGAACCACAGUCGUUGGUGCGUGCAAGAUCUACCUAGAUGGUGAACUAAUCAUCGAGCACCGCACUUCAGAAGACGAUUAUGGUGCUUUCUUUACCGAAAACACGGUCGAGAAGAAAACUACAUUGCCGUUGGAAGCAAAGAAGACCCACAGGAUUAAAGUUGAAUUUGACAGUGCUGCAACUCUUGACAUGCCAAUCAGCGAGGAGUGUGGCGGUGGGGCCGUCAGCUUUGGAUGUCACAGGAUCUUUGAUCCUAAGGAGGAAAUUGCCAAAGCGGUUAAAGUGGCUCAAUCUCACGAUAAGGUAAUACUUUGUAUUGGCUUGCACCAAGAAUGGGAGUCUGAAGGAUUUGAUCGUCCAAACAUGGACUUACCUCCUCACAUGAACGAGCUGGUGGAUGCCAUUCUCGAAGCAAACCCGAAUACGGUGAUUGUAAACCAAAGUGGUACCCCGGUUGAGAUGCCUUGGAUCUCAAAGGCAACUACAUUGUUACAGGCAUGGUUUGGGGGUAAUGAGUUGGGAAACGCCAUUGGAGAUGUCAUCUUUGGAGACGUCAAUCCUUCGGGAAGACUUCCUCUGACAUUCCCCAUCAAGUGCAAGGAUAACCCUGCAUAUCUCACAUUUAGGACCGACGGAGGUAACGUCGUGUAUGGGGAGGACAUCUAUGUGGGAUACAAGUACUACGAAGCGCUGGAAAGGGAGGUCAUGUUUCCUUUUGGCCAUGGACUUUCUUACACCACUUUCCAGUACGACAAUGUUGAAGCAGUCCUGAUCGAUUCGAAGUUGCAGGUUUCUCUCCAAGUCACCAACACCGGAGCGAGGAAAGGCUCCGAAGUAGUUCAGAUCUACAUUGAACCUAUUGCUUGCGAAGCAGCUAGACCUGUUAAGGAGUUUAAAGACUUUGGCAAGGUGACAUUGGAGGCUGGCGAGAGCACACCUUUGAAGUUUGAGAUCUCUUCCAAAGAUGCUUUUUCAUAUUGGGAUGGAGACAAAAAGAGCUGGUGUUUGGCUGCUGGAGAGUAUCAUGUGUGCAUUGCCAAGUCGAGCGCGGAUGUGGUCAUUAAGAAGGUGAUUAAGUUGGACACCACGUCGUUCUGGAGGGGGAUUUGA